AUGGAAAUUUUCGUUAAUACGAAAAAUAUUUGUUCUAAGCUCUCCGACGAUACAAAUUCUUCUCAUUCUUGCUCAAUAAUCCAAGCAAAAACAGUACUACAACCACCAAUACUUCACCUUCUUCCGUGUCAUAUAGACUUUGAAGGUCCCGCAAAAGUAAAUUCAUAUUUUCUGAUUGAACAACUUGUGAACCGCGAAAUUGACGCGUCUAAAAAACCUGAUAGUAACGAGACCGAAUCAGCAUCAUUAUCGUCCCCACCAAUAGCUAAUACACUUUGUUCCUCUUUUCGUGGACGAAAACUUAUUGGUCAUGAGGUGGUCUUGAAAGAUGGUUAUGAAGGCUUCAUAUUUAAAGAAACUUCGAUGAAACCAACAUCCUCAUUUAAAGAAUCUUCGCUAUUAUUGACAACCAUCUCCUCGGUCUCUAAUAGUAAUGAUGAAAAUGAAAAUAACAAUGAUGAUCAUCUAUCAGAUUUGGAUCGUGAACUACUCGAACUAACGACAUGUGACGAAGAAACAAUGAUAAGAUGUUGGGAGACCGCGCAUGAAAAGUUUGAUCGGUUUACGGUCUGGGGACACGACGAGCUUCCAGAAAGUUGGAAUUGUCCGUUUCAUGAACCUACUCCACCCCCGAUUGCUGUGCCGUUAGUCAAGAAUGUGGAUCAAUGGAAUUUGCUGUUUAUUAGCAUUUGGAACGGUGUAUUAGAAAUUGAAAACACAAAUGUUUGA